AUAUUCGUUGUGUUUGUCGGUAGAACUUAACAAAAAACCACUUUUCUGCUAAAAAAAGUAAGUUGUCUACAUGUACACGUUUCAGUGAGUUGACUAAUCAAUGUUAAAAGUCAGUGCAACACAAAAAUUAAAAAACAGCUCCUUAACUUAAAUGUUUGAGUAUAUUGAAUAAAAUACUUUUGUCAUCAAUCAACAACAGAAAAUAUUAAGUUUGUGUAACAUGUAAAAAUGAGUUUCAACAUCCUUCCUGUUUGAAUUGAGACCGUUCAGACCUCAGAGGGCAACCCCGUAGCAUAUGUUCGUAUCGUGCACAACAGUUUCUGGAUUCUUGUGGCCUCGUGGGAGAAGAGGUGUGUUUGCCCUUGACUGUGUUCGGUGAGUUAAGAACCGAAAACACACUCCUCACUCAUUGGAUGACUUCAAGCCUGAGCUGAUACAGAGGUGUGUCAAUCGUUUGAAUACAGGAGAUGAUCCUCUUGAGGAACAUAUUGAAAAUCCAUUGAGUGAAGAUGAAGCAAAUGCAGAGGAUGAAGAAAUUGACAACCUUGGUGCACACUCUCUUGGAGGAUUUGUGGAGAGUUUCUCAAGUGCGUAUGUCUGCAGGUUUUGUCUUGGAGAACGGUCCCAAAUCCAAGUAUCUCAAUGUCUCAUCCUGCUAAACUUCGGAUCAUACUCAAAGACCAUAACAUUCGAAAAUUGGACUUACCACAUGGAAUCCCUGGAACAGUGGAGGAACUUGAAUCUAUUGUGAAAGACACUUUUGAGGUUGAUGGAAAGUUUACUUUGCACUAUAAGGAUGCUGACUUUGGAGAAGAAUAUUUUUCUCUGACAUCAACAGGUGAUAUCAAGGACAAGGACACACUCAAGGUGGUUCAGAUUAUUGAACCCCCCACAGUUACUCUGACAUUUAGUGAUGUAGACAGUUCCUUUAUAUCUGCAUCAGAGACCUUGGUCAAUGCUUCAGCAAUGUCAGAGACUUCCAGUGUGUCCUGUGGCACCAGUUGCUCAUCUGGAUCUCAGGAUACAGUAAUUCUUUCCUCACCUGAACAUCUGAGUCAGCGUUUACAGCGCUGGCCUACCAGUUUUUCUGUUCCUCGCUUUGCUUAUGACACUGAGCUUUUACUUGCUUCAGGAAAUGAAGCUUUCAAAAAGGAUGGAACUAAACUCAACUUUAUUCCAGUUCUUCCAGAUAUCCUUGAGAAAUUGGCUGAAACGAUCUUUCAGUAUGUUGCCUACCCAACAUCUGCACAGUUAGCAGAUGUAGCUGAAGCACUUGUUCGACAGCAUCCAUGCCUUAAAGAACCAGGAUCCUAUAAUGGAUGCUAUGGAUGGCAACAAAGACUAAAAUAUAAAAUGGGCAAUUACAGAAGUAAACUCAGAGGGCUUGGGUGCCCUGAGCUGGAUGUGAACUCUCUCAAAAGAAAGCAAGCACAUGAGAAGACACCUUCAAAGAAUCUUAAAAAGCCAAGAAAGGCUGAGGUGAACUAUUUGCCACCUAACCCACAAGGAGAAACAGAGGAAAGUUUGGAAAAGGAAAGAUUGCAACUUCUUGAUGAAGUGAAGAAGAGGAACAACUAUCGGAUCAUCAGUGAAAAAAUGGCCAAAACAUUCUCGAGUCGCAGACAGGAAGUUGUUAAUCUGGCACCACCUGUCAGUGACUUCAAAAGUAGAUGGCCUGCACUUUUUGAUGCAACACAGAUAAAUGACGAGUUCCAAAGGAUCACCACUGUUAACUUGGAAACAACAUUCAUGGCAAAACUGGACCAGUAUUCCGCAAGAAUAAUGUCCCUGGCCUCUUCAAAAGCAGGUGCUGCAAAAAUUAAGAUCAAGCGCAUCAGGAACAUGCUGCAAGAGAGUUCGGUGGAAAUAAAGAGAGAGGUCGCAAUCCGUUGCCUGAUGGUGUAUCUGAAAGAGAAAGAAGAGGAUCUCUUCAGAGAACAGCUGGAUGGUGAAGAACAGUUCCCAGAAGAAGUGGUAAAGAUUGUAGUCACCAGACGUGCAGCAGUGUCUCUCCCAGCCAUCGCUAAAAUUGUGAUUGAAGGAACAGCAGUCCUGGAAGACCUUGAUGUGCCCAGAGCGUGUGCCUUAAUGAUGGGGCUUAUAUACGCUCUCAAUCUGAGCUACCCAAAACAAGUAAAGAACACUCUAGAGGUAUUCCAGAAGGUAUUUCUGGAACUUGAUGGGCUUAAAGCCAGUCCACGGGUAAUGUCUCUUAAGUGCAAACUUCUGUUGUGAAACGAAUGUGAAUUGGAGUGUAGCAUUCCGAUGUGCCUCUUACGUUUUUGUAUGCAGUCCUACAUGAAUGUAGUUUUGAGAGAAGUUCGUAUUACAUAUAACCUUAGCUUUGGAUUGUUCCAUUGUUGAACAUUAAAAUCUUUUUUCAUUUCCUUGAUUCUGUGACAAGUUGACUAAGUUGAUACCAAUUUAAGUUAAUGUUAAUGUACAUGAAGAACUUUUUUUUGCUUAGUCAUUUAUAAUUAAAGGGCUGCGUAAUGUUUCAUUUAUGUUGUAUUGACACAGAAGUGUAUUACUUUGAAAAAGUUUUGUAAUAAAAUAAUAAAUUGGAAUAAGUGAAA